GUCGGGAGAGGUGCUGACAGGGCGGGGCCACCGCGCGGCGCUGCCGGCCUCACCCCUCCCGCCCCGGACAGGUGGCUGGAGCGCGCCCCGCCUCCGCCAGCUGCGGGUGGGAGCGAGCGAGGGCCAGUCCCGGACGGCCGCCGCCAGCUGCGAGCGGGAGCGAGCGAGGGCCAGUCCGGGACGGCCGGGCGAGGAGUCCGGCGGCGGCAAACGAGUAUCGUGGCGGCCAAAAAAAUGCUCCUGUACCGAGGGGCCCCCGCGGGCCCUGGCGCGCCGGGCAGCGCGCUGGCCCGGCCGGGCGGCGGCCCGCAGGCCUUUGGGAUACGCCUGAGCACUAUGAGCCCCCGCUACCUACAGAGCAACUCCAGCAGCCACACGCGACCCUUCAGUGCCAUCGCGGAGCUGCUAGAUAAUGCUGUAGAUCCAGAUGUAUCUGCCAGGACGGUCUUUAUAGAUGUUGAGGAGGUCAAGAAUAAAUCUUGUUUGACCUUUACUGAUGAUGGAUGUGGGAUGACACCUCAUAAACUACACCGAAUGCUCAGCUUUGGCUUUACAGAUAAAGUAAUAAAGAAGAGCCAGUGUCCCAUCGGGGUCUUUGGUAAUGGUUUCAAGUCAGGCUCCAUGCGACUAGGAAAGGACGCUCUUGUCUUCACCAAGAAUGGGGGUACUCUCACUGUUGGACUCCUAUCACAGACCUAUCUGGAAUGUGUCCAGGCCCAAGCAGUUAUUGUACCAAUUGUUCCAUUCAACCAGCAAAACAAAAAAAUGAUUAUUACUGAGGAUUCCUUGCCCAGCCUAGAAGCCAUCUUGAACUAUUCAAUUUUCAACAGUGAAAAUGACCUGCUGUCCCAGUUUGAUGCCAUCCCAGGCAAAAAAGGCACUCGUGUUCUCAUUUGGAACAUCCGCAGAGUAGCUGGAUUAGAAGUGGAAAAAUCUUCGAAGCAGAUACAUUUGAACUAUAAUGAAGCUGGCUUCAGAAAUAAAGAUGGAAAGUCUGAGUUGGACUUUGAUACAGAUCAGUAUGAUAUCCUGGUAUCAGACUUUGGCACAGAAGAAAAAGAGACUGGUGGCAUUACCUCUGAGCUGCCAGAAACAGAGUAUUCUUUACGGGCAUUUUGUGGCAUUCUAUAUAUGAAGCCACGAAUGAAAAUUUUUCUGCGUCAAAAGAAGGUGACUACCCAGAUGAUUGCCAAGAGCCUGGCCAAUGUAGGAUAUGAUAUAUAUAAACCUACCUUCACAAAUAAGCAGGUGAAAAUAACUUUUGGGUUCUCUUGCAAGAAUAAUAACCAGUUUGGAGUACUGAUGUAUCAUAACAACCGCCUCAUAAAGUCUUUUGAGAAGGUGGGAUGCCAGGUGAAGCCAACUCAUGGAGAAGGUGUGGGAGUAAUUGGAGUCAUUGAGUGCAAUUUCUUAAAACCUGCCUACAACAAACAAGACUUUGAGUACACCAAGGAGUACCGGUUGACAAUAAAUGCCCUUGCCCAGAAGCUCAAUGCUUAUUGGAAGGAAAAGACCUCCCAAGAGAAUUUUGAGACCUCAGCCAUAGUCAGGCCAAUACUGAAGAUUCCUGACCAGACAUGGGUACAGUGUGAUGAGUGUCUUAAAUGGAGGAAGCUUCCUGGCAAGGUUGAUCCAUCUACAUUACCUGCAAGAUGGUUUUGUUACUAUAAUUCCCAUCCAAAGUACAGGAGGUGCUCUGUUCCAGAGGAACAAGAACUCAUUGAUGAAGACCUGUACUUGAGCAAAGCUAAGAAACAAGAUCAAACUGUUGAGAAGAAGAAGGUACCAGUGGAAAGUGAGAGCCACCAGGUAUUCACUAAUCCACUCAAGAUCCCUUCUAUUCAAGAUAUGGAUGACUUGAAUAAUAAGACGAUUGAAUAUGAGGGAAUUGAUAGCCCUAGCCGGCUUUCAUCUGUUGGAGAAGAAAGCAGAACACCUUCUCUUCAACUUAAGCCUCUGGAUUCCAGUGUUUUUCAGUUUUCCAGUAAGUACAAAUGGAUCCUAGGUGAGGAACCUGUGGAGAAACGAAGAAGGCUCCAGAAUGAGACGACAACACCUCCUCUAGAUUAUUCCAUGCCUGGCCCUUACAGGAGGGUAGAGGCAGCAGUUGCCUACCCAGAAGGGGAGAACAGCCAUGAUAAAUCAAGUUCUGAGAGAAGCACACCACCAUACCUUUCCCCAGAAUACCCAGAAGCAAUCAAGAAUACCAGUCAGAGUAGGGAGGUCUCAGUUCUGUAUGCAGGGGCCCAAGACCAACACCAGGGCUCCCUGCUCCCUGAAGAAUUAGAAGAUCAGAUGCCAAGAUUGGUGGCAGAAGAAUCUAACAGAGGCAGCACACACCUAAACAAGGAGGAAGUAAGCAAGGGACCUUUUGUAGCUGUUGUCGGUGUUGCAAAAGGUGUUAGAGAUUCAGGAGCUCCCAUUCAGCUGAUCCCUUUUAACAGAGAGGAGCUUGCUGAGAGGAGGAAAGCAGUUGAAUCCUGGAACCCGGUGCCUUACUCUUCUGUGGCCUCUGCUGCAACUCCUGCUGCAGCUGUUGUGGAGAAAGGAAGAGGCUCUGAGGAGAGUGGAGGUCGUCAUACACCAAAGAUGAAGAACCAAAGAGAGCUAGAAGAACUGAAGAGAACCACGGAAAAGUUGGAACGUGUUUUGGCAGAAAGGAAUAUGUUCCAGCAAAAGGUGGAGGAGCUGGAACAGGAGAGGAAUCACUGGCAUUCUGAAUUCAAGAAAGUCCAACAUGAAUUGGUGACCUAUAGUACCCAGGAGACGGAAGGCUUGUACUGGAGCAAGAAACACAUGGGCUAUCGCCAAGCUGAGUUCCAGAUUCUGAAAGCUGAGCUGGAAAGAACCAAAGAGGAAAAGCAGGAACUAAAAGAGAAACUGAAGGAGACAGAGACACACCUGGAAGUGCUGCAGAAGGCUCAGGUCUCCUACCGGACCCCAGAGGGAGAUGACCUAGAAAGGGCUUUGGCAAAGCUUACGCGGCUGCGUAUCCACGUCAGCUAUCUCCUUACCUCUGUCCUCCCUCACUUGGAGCUUCGUGAGAUCGGGUUUGACUCAGAACAAGUGGAUGGGAUCCUGUAUACGGUGCUGGAGGCAAAUCACAUACUGGAUUGAGCACCAGAUACUCUAUAUCCCCUUCUCUACCCUCUUCUUUCCUCCCUCCCUCUGAACACCUCUCUCUCUCUGUCUCUCUCUCUCAGUCUCUCUCUCACCCUUUUGCCUUACGUGGAGAAUCUUUGAGUAAAUCCUGGCUCUUAAUCAGUCUGCUUCUUAUUCAGUCUUGGUGUGGAGAAAGAGGCUAGUUAAAUAGGCUUUCAAGAGUUCCAGGAAUGGAAAAGCAGUAGUCACCAAACCAGGUGACCGGAAAGCUUUAACUUUCAUGACUCAGAUACUUGGCCUAUUUCAUAUCCUUUCUGAAAUGAUUUGUAUUCAUUUAGGUUAAAUCAGUCAGCAAAUAUUGGGUCCAAUGUACCAGGUGUUUGGGGACAAGUGAAGAAGUAUAACUCAUGGUUUCAGCCGUCAAGGAUCUAACAAUCUAGCUGGAAACACAAGACACACACCAGGUUAACUGACUUGUACAGUGAGUGGUACAAACAUGAUAGAGAAGUUCUGGGGGAGGAAGGUCAAGGAAGGCACCACAUCAGUAAUGGGAGCUAAACUAAGGUUUGUUUAAAGAAUGGGCAUAACAACACAGUUAACAACGGUUGUUCUUUACAUGGUAGGACUAUGGUUGAUAUUUUUUUCUUCUUCCUAUCUUCCUGCCUUUCCAAAUUUUCUAUAAUAAACCUGUUAUUCUUCUUACAUUGGAAAAAUAAAUCAUUUUUUUAAAAAAUGA